AAUUUUCAAGAGACCUGUGUUUUCCCAAGUAAGGAGUGUAUUGCAACUUUGAGUUUGAUUUGUGAAAUUGUUUCGUAAAUUUUAUCCGUUUUGUCCUUUUUUUCCGGUUACCCAAGUUGACAAGAAACACAGCACUGUUAAAUUCCUAAAUUAGAGGGCUGUAUAAAAUUCUCAACCAAAGGAAAAAUUUCCUAAAAAGGGAAAAAAUAAAUAAAUGGUUAUAGUUUCAACGGCAAACCAUUUGUUAGGGAGAGGGUAAAAAAUAUUUCCCACUGCUGACCGUAAUUUAUGAGUCCCUUUACCUAUUUUCUCUUUAUUAUUCUUUCUUUAGUUUUUCGAUUUUCAGAAUGAUUUGUAUGGACUGAACUCAAAAAUCACAUCAAUAUUUUCAUUUCCCAUCAUCGAUAUUCUUCCUCUUUGUUCCGUAGCUUAGAACAUAAGUUACACAUACAUUUAUUUUCCUCGUUCAUGGCAACAGACCACAUUUUUCUUUAAAUGUUUCAAUUGAAGUUUGCAACAAACAUGUCAACCCAGUUUGAUUAUUACCAUGAUCAUUAUAAUAAGAACUUGUUUGGAUAUGGAAUUGGCUAAAAUGUCCCACAUAAGAGUUUUCCAUUGUAGGGUUGUGAGAAAUGCAUGCAUGCAUGCAUAAAAACAGGACCUUGAAAGCAUCGUAUAGUUACAGAGAUUAGAACCUAGUUUGAAGGAAAGAAAAAUGGGGUUGAAUUCAAGGGAUAUUCAACUUCGCUUGUCCAGAGUGCUUCAUGUUUCAGCUGAGAUUGGCUACAGUUUCAUGAGAAAGCAUCCAUUGGUUUUGGGUGCUUUGUUGGUGUUCUUCCUGUUGUAUAUAUUUCUCUCUUACAUUUACAACCUGCUGGUUUUCUUGUCCCCAUUUUUUGUGUGCAUCGCCAUUUUUGUUAGAAUAUUUUGGAGUUCUGAGCAAAACCAACAUGAAGAAGAUGUUAAAAAGGCAAAGGAGAAAAGGGUUGAAAUAAAAUCUCCGCCAAAAGUGAUGAAGAAUGAGAGACGUGGAAUGCUGUAUAAGUGUCCAUCACAUAAUGCAACAAGUAGAAGAAGAAAUUUCACUGGGAAGAGAUUGGAGGUGUACGGUGGUUUGGAAAUAAGAGCCAAGGAUUUAUCAUCAGUGUUUCGUAAUGAAUUCACUAUCUCUAACAGAGAUUUUAGCAGAAAGUUUAAACUUUAUGAUGAAGACACAGGUUUUGAUUUCUCGGAGGCUCCAGAAAAGCAAACACUAUUGUCUGAACCUUUUAUGCUGGACCCGGUGAUUCAUGGUGAUCAUGGCCAACAGAAAAAAACAGAAAACAAAGUGGAUGUGGAAAAACCUCGAUUAGAAGAUGGCAACAAAAGUGUAGAACCGAAAGAGGAUGAUCAGAAGAAUGCAAUGGAUCUUGGGACGUGUGCGUUUGAGAGACACAAAAGGCUAGAGAGUCUAAUGGCAAGGAGAAAAGCAAGAAAACAAUCGAAGUUGCAGAUAUCAAAUGGUGUGAUUGACAUGAAAUCCAUGUCCUCAAAUCAAAUUGCUCCUUUGUUUAUCACAAGACUCAACCAUUUCGAUUCUCUGAAAGAAUUUGAGGGCAUACAAAUGCCUGGUUCUGCCCCAUCUGCUUUGAGAAGCCCAUUUGAUAUUCCAUAUGAUCCUUUGGAGGAGAAACCCAAUCUCACAGGGGACGGUUUUGAUCAAGAACUGAAGAAUUUGUUAACAGAACCAAGACAACAAGAAGACCUUGAAGCCAAAGAGCACACAAUGUCAACAGAACCACACCCAAUAGACGAAAGGCUUCAAGGUAUAAUAUUUAUGAUCACUUUCUUUUUUUCUUUCCCCACAUUUGAAGAAGGAAAGGAAACAGCAUGUGAAGAGAAUGGAAAAUGUGAAACUGAGAAAACUGUUGACAUCAAUGGUAAAGAGGUGGAAAAUGCUGAAACAACAAACUCCAAUUCAGAGCGUGCAAAUGAGUCAGACAUGAUUCCAACAAUAGAUGAUAAUAGAGCUCAAUUUUUAGAGAAGGUAGAAGAACCAACAGUUGCUAAGCCUGAAGAGGGUGACAACAAUUUACCAUUAACAAGUGCUAGUGCUACUAAAAUAAAUGACUCUUUGUAUGAAUCUCUUCCACCAUCUGUUGAAAAGAACAAGCCAACAUGUUUCAGUGGUGGCCCAAUCCGUCACACCCCUUCAUGUUCUUUGGCUUCUGACUUACAAGUGGAGGUUUCUGAAAUCGGUUCACCUACACUGACGGUUGAUGAGAACAACGACACCACCACAACCACUGACGGAGAAUCGAUUAUUUAUGAUGGGGACAUUGACAAGGAUGUUACUUCUGGCAGUGAAGACAUGUGGGGAGCCUCACUCCAUUCAAGAGAAGUUCGUAGAGUAAGUGAGCAAGAUAUUUCGGAAUUAAACAGCUGGAGGGACAUUUCUUCACCUCUUUCUUUGCAAAACAUAGAUGAAGAAAAUGCAGCAGAUGUAAGCUCCAUAUCUUCUGACAUACCUGAUGACACUCCAACUUUUUCAAUGACCCAUGACCAUAAUAACAUCUUUGGUGUGAAAGACUUUGUCAUGGAACCUUCUCAUUCUUCAGUUGUGGCAGCACGUUGGAAGCGGUUGAUGCGAUUGAUGGAUAAUCGUGCUAACCAUUCAUCACAAGAAAAACCAAGGGAAGUGUUCAACAUCUCAGAGAAUUCAAGUAAGGCACAAGUGACGAAUGAUGGGAAUAACUCGACAACCUCUGAGCAAGAUAACACGCAUAACUCACAAGGUAAUGAAGCGUUAAAUUCAGACGUUCAACAAGAAAUAACUGAUGAAGUCUCCAUGAACUCUAAUUCAUCAUCUUCAUCUUCAUCUUCAUCUUCAGGGGCAGAACCAUAG